UCUCAAAUUGUAUAUUGUCAUUGAAAAUAUCGUAACAUAGUUUUGUUCUUUCACUUUGAUCAAAGCAAUAAACCUGAAUUUUCUUUUAGAAAGGAAUUUUAUUAGAUUAGAAUUGAGGAAGCAUGGACUCUGGUGAUUGGCGAACUCAACUACCCCUACCUGAUUCUCGUCAAAGGAUUGUCAACAAGAUAAUGAAGACAUUAAGCAGGCAUCUUGCUGUCCCAGGGCAAGAAGUGCUGGAGCUUCAGAAAGUCGCAGUGCAGUUGGAGGAAGAGAUCUAUGCUGUGGCGACUAGUCAGGAAGAUUAUCUGCGGAAAUUAUCUUUAAAGGUGCUGACCAUGGAUACAACUCAAAAUCCUAUUACCAGUUCUUUACAUCCCAAUGCUGCCAGUAGUGGUCCGGACGCCCAUGGCCCAGCAUCUUUAGAUUCUACAGCUCAGAUGGGAAAUGCAAAUGCAGCUGAUUGGCAGGAGGAGACUUACCAAAAGAUCAAUUCUAUGAAGGAGAUGUAUUUAUCAGAGGUCAAUGAUCUAUACCAGAGAAUUGCUUCUAAAGUGCAGGAGCAUGAUUCUCUUCCUCAUCGUCCUCAGAACGAGCAAAUUGAAAAGCUCAAGAUGUUCAAGAUGGCGCUGGAACGGAUUGUGCUUUACUUGCAGCUUAACAAGCAUGACAUUCAACUUUCUCACAAGGAGAAACUGCUUGCCGUUGAGAAACACAUAAGUUUCUUUCUUAGUGCCAAUAGGGGCAAGCCUGCUUCUUCUCCACUACCGGGGCAACUUCCUGAGUCUUUCAUGCAGCAGCUGAUUGCACAUCAGACAAAUGUUGCAAACCUCCAGCGGAACCAACUGAUGCAUCAACAGACGAAUCAAUUGGAAAUGGAAAUGCAACAGAGGCUUCAAACAUCAGCCCCCUUGUUUCAACAGCAGAAUGUAAUGGAACAGCAGAAGCAACUAUAUCAACCACAAAGAGCCGCACAAGAAGCGUCAUCAAGUUAUGAAAACACAAAUUGCGCAUUUUUAGAUUCUACAGCUCAGAUGGGAAAUGCAAAUGCAGCUGAUUGGCAGGAGGAGGUUUACCAAAAGAUAAAGUCUAUGAAGGAGAUGUUUUUAUCAGAGCUCAGUGAUCUAUACCAGAAAACUGUUUCUAAAGUGCAGCAGCAUGAUUCUCUUCCUCAUCAUCCUCAAAACGAGCAAAUUGAAAAGCUCAAGAUGUUCAAGAUGACGCUGGAACGCAUUGUGCUUUACUUGCAGCUUAACAAGCAUGAAAUUCAACUUUCUCACAAGGAGAAACUGCUCUCGGUUGAGAAGCACAUAAGUUUCUUUCUUAGUGCCAAUAGGCCGCGCAAGCUUGCUUCUUCUCCAGUACAGGGGCAACUUCCUCAGUCUUCCAUGCAUACAAGUCAGGCACAGAACACAUGUGCGCCAGACACCUAGGGUUGGUUCCGGUCAACAACAUAUUGCUUCCGAGUUUGAUAGACUUCUGAAUUUGGUAGAUUAGAUGGUAGUUCUGGUGGACUGGGUUAUGUUAGUUUCGAUAUUACUAUCUCCCUAGACCCCACUUGUGGGACUACACGGGAUUUGUUGUUUUUGUUGUUGGUAUUGCUACUUAUGUUAUUAAUUGAUUGGGUUGUAGUGAUGAACGUUUAGCCCAUGCAGGGACGGAUUUACAUGGAUGGGUAUGGGUUCACAUGAACCCAUGCACCCGUCCCUAGAUUAUGCAAAGUACUGCAAUUAUUCUGAUAAAUUAUUUAAAUUUUAUGUGGGAACCUUUGAUUCA